GGUGAUCGCAUCAGCUUCAACAAACAAUUGCUAAAUCAUCAAAAAGUAGUUUCAAACAUUGCUUCUUUACUUGGAAGCCAGGCUGCAGCAAACGAGUACCUUGGGAGAUGUCUGUACACUGUUGUCAUUGGGAGCAAUGAUUACAUCAACAACUACUUAAUGCCACAGAUCUAUCCUACGAGCAAAUUAUAUACACCAGCUCAAUACGCAGAAGUCUUGGUUCAACAAUAUUCUCAACAACUAAUGACUUUGUAUAACAAUGGAGCAAGAAAAAUAGCCCUAUUUGGAUUGGGUCCAAUUGGUUGUACACCAGCUGAGAUAAGCAUAUACCGGACCACUACAUGUGUGGAUUCAGUUAAUGCUGCAGUUCAACUAUUCAAUGAUAAGCUCAAAUUUCUUGUGGAUGACUUCAACAGACAACUCACAGAUGCAAAGUUCAUCUACAUAAAUAUCACUAGCAUUCAAUCGGGAGAUCCUGCAACCAUUGGGUUGCAAAUUCUCAACCAACCAUGCUGCAAAGUUUCAGAAACUGGUCUAUGCAAACCUGGAGUCAGGCCAUGCACCUUUAGAGCCAUAUACCUAUUCUGGGAUAGUUUCCAUCCUACAGAGACUGUCAAUGUGUUAACGGCAACAAGAGCAUAUAAUGGUCUAUUACCUACUGAUGCCUAUCCAAUGGACAUUCGUCAACUUGUUCAACAAUGA